UUGAAGGAAAACUACAAGGGAAAUAAGGAGAUCACUGUCAAUGUCAAUCAGAUCAAGGAAUCUAUAUACAUCUACAAAUGCACAGACAGUGUCGUGAAUGUCAAGGGGAAGACCAACUCGAUUGUUCUGGACAACUGCAAUAAGACGGCCCUUCUGUUCGAGAGUGUAAUCUCGUCGGUCGAUGUUGUGAAUUGCCAGCGUGUGCAAGUUCAGGUAACCGGGCUUAUGCCGACUAUAAACAUCGACAAAACUGACGGAUGCCAAGUUUACCUGAGUGAAGAAUCUAAAUCUGCCGAAAUUAUCACAGCCAAAUCAUCUGAAAUGAAUAUCCUCGUACCUUCUAGUGAUGGCGACUAUACUGAGUAUGCAGUCCCGGAGCAGUUCAAGACAACCUUUACUGGCAAGGGCCUGACGACGACGGUCAACGAUCUGGCUUGA